AUGCGUCGAUCUGCGAGCGCCUCCGUAGUUUCCGACCAACUAUCAGCGAAACCUCCUUCACCAUCACCGUCUCCUCCUCGAAUCCAAAGCUCCACAGAUUUAGAAGAUGUCCAGCUUCUUCUGCCUAGGUACGACCCAAACUCUUACCCUGGGAAGAAGGACAAAUCAAGAAUCAGAUCCGCGGAGAACGCUAUCCAUUUCAUCCCUCUCCUUCUCAUUCUAUGCGCCCUAAUACUUUGGUUGGUUUCGAAUCCAGGUAACAACCGAUUCCGACAAGAUAUCUAUCCUCUGUUGUGUCUCGUGAUGGUUAUCUUUUGA